GCUUGCAGCUCUGAGAUGAUUGAGGCCUCUGAGGAACUCCUGAAGCAGCACUACAUUGACCUGAAAGACCGCCCAUUCUACCCAGGUCUGGUGAAAUACAUGAACUCAGGGCCUGUUGUGGCCAUGGUCUGGGAGGGACUGAAUGUGGUGAAGACAGGUAGAAUGAUGCUUGGGGAGACCAAUCCAGCAGAUUCUAAGCCAGGUACCAUUCGUGGGGACUUCUGCAUUCAAGUUGGCAGGAACAUCAUUCACGGUAGUGAUUCAGUGAAAAGUGCUGAGAGAGAAAUCAGCCUAUGGUUUAAGCCUGAAGAAUUGGUUGACUACAAGUCUUGUGCUUUCAACUGGAUCUAUGAAUAAGAGGUGGACAAAGCAUCAGUCCAUUUUGACACCGCUUGGAUGUGUCCCUGGACACAGCUCAUUCCAUUGACUUGGAAGCAGUAGGAUCGAUCUUGCUUUUCUAAAGCAUAUUUACCAAUAAAGCCUUCGGAAACUGGG